AUGGCACAUUGGUUCCAUCGAAAUCCAAUCAAAGCAACAGAACAUGUAGAUUUCCAACUCAAAUCUAUCCUUACCACUUCACAGACAUCGAAAAUUUGCAAUGAGCUUCGCUUAAGGCGUAAUCAUUUAUUGGAACAUUUCAAGAAUGCUAGUAAUGAUAUAGAUAUGUUGGACGACGACUUCAAGCAGUAUCUAUCAUUGUUUAGUGGUUUUGUGUUUGCUGUUGAUCAUGAUAAAAUUACCGAUAUGAAAACUAGCAAACUUUCCACACUUCUUCGAUUUCGGUGGAGCAAUUCGAUGCUCGGCAUAGCAGCAACUGAAAUUAGUGAUAGUUGGUAUGAGGUAUUAAAUAUGUGCGUGAAUAUGGCUUUAUGGUUAUCGAAACAUGCGGCAUGGAUUGCGGCAAAAGAUGAAGUAUUUGAAAGUGAUGCUAAAAAAGCACAUACUUGUUUGCGACGCGCUGCUGGAAUAUUAAUAUUUGUACGCGGAAAUGCUGGUAGAGUUUCUGGAUUAACUUCAUUUCCGGGUUCAGAUUUUGACCCAGCAGUACUUACUGCUUACAUCCAUCAGUUCACAGCUGAAGCACAAGAAAUUACUGUAGCACGUGCUAUCGAACUGAAACAUAAUGCCGGUCUAAUUACAGCACUGGCUUAUGAGACCAGUCAUUUGUUUAUGCAAGCAGAUGAAAAUCUUGGAAAAUUAGAUCAAUCAUUGUUUGGAAAAUGGCGCUAUUAUCUUCAAUUGAAAUCGCAAAUAUAUACAGCACAUGCUUAUGCUUUUUUGGGUGAAAAUCUAUUAUCCCAAGAUAAAUGUGGCGAUGCAGUAAGAGCAUGCAGAGAAGGAAUUUCAUGUUUCGAUGUUGCUGUCGACUUUGCUGAAAAGUACCGUAAAGCUAGUGGACCGGGUAUCACUGCAAAACCUGACUCCCAUCUAUUUUUUCGGCGUAUUCGACCAUUACUUGAGCGACAUAUGGAAAAAGCUGAACGUGAAAAUGGUUUUAUCUAUCACCAGAAAGUACCAGAUAUAUGUCCAGAACCGGAAAGAAAGGCUACUUUUGGCUUGGUUGAAGCAGAGCCAUUUAUGAUGCCGAACAUGAGCCCGUUGUGGACACCGGCUGUUUAUAAAGCAUUUGAUAUAUCAAAAGCAAAAAUGCCAGACUUCUCGAAAGUGAAGAAAAGCCACAAAUCGUUGCCAGCCGUACAAGAAGAAAAGGUUUACGAAACGGAACGUGACCCAAGCAGUCGAAGUGGUUGCAUAGUUUCAUGA